CAGAGCAGAAGGAAAAAAUCCAAGGCAAAACAGAAGAAGAAGAAGGCCGAAGGAGAAUGGAAAGAAGACGCUGAAGGCAGCGGAGGAAGCAAGGAGCCCACGUUGUCUGGAGAUGUCCCGCAAAAUCCAGGCCCAGAGAUUUGGAGACUCUCUCUGGACGAGACCCGGGCAGGACCCAAGAAGGAUCAUCUUCCUUUGCACGGUCCAGGCUGGAAAAGAAUCAGCAGCAGCGAGUCGGAAUAUUCGGACGCCGAAUCUGGAAUACAGAGCAAAACAAGGUCUUUUCAAGCGACAGUUCGCCAGGGGGCUUUAACCUGCUUCCUCUCUGCCGUGAAGUCAAUCGAGAAGAAAGUCCUCUAUGGCUACUGGUCUGCAUUUGUACCUGACACGCCUGGUAUAGGAAGCCCACAGUCACUAUCGUUGAUUACGAUUGCUUUGAAAGACCCUUCUCCAAAGACGCGCACCUGUGCUCUUCAAGUACUUUCGGCGAUCUUGGAAGGCUCCAAGCAGUUCCUUUCCAUUGCUGAAGAUGCCAGUGACCACAGGAGAGCUUUCACGCCAUUCUCAGUCUCUGUUGCCUCCAGCGUCCGAGAGCUGCAUCGCUGCCUACUGUUGGCCCUGGUGGCUGAAUCUUCUUCCCAGACACUCACCCAGAUAAUCAAGUGCUUGGCCAACCUCAUACUAAAUGCACCAUACAGUCGCUUAAAGCCUGGACUGCUAACUCGAGUAUGGAACCAGAUAAAGCCAUAUAUUAGACACAAAGAUGUGAAUGUUCGUGUGUCUAGCCUCACGCUGCUGGGAGCCAUUGUUUCAGUUCAAGCUCCUUUGCCAGAGGUACGACUGCUUCUGCACCAGCCCAGCUCUUCCGGGCUCAGUGACAGCGGAUCCACUACACCCCGCUCUUCUGGACCACCUGAUCGGCAGAGGACAGCCCCAGGGGAGCCGCCCCUUAGCCUGGAGAGCACGCCUGCUGAGCCCUGCUGGCUCAUCCAGCUCUGCAUCUCUCUCAUUGUUCUGCCCAGGGAAGACAGCUACUCAGAUAGCGAUGCUGGCGGCACAUCAAAUGCCAGCAUGUUUGAACCCUCUCCCGUCCGGCUGGAAUCCUUGCAG